CCCUCACCCAAAGGCCGGAAGCACAUGCUAGCGCGCUGCUGUUUAUGUUGUUGUCAUCUGUGACAUGUUGCUAGAAAAAGGUAGUGAUUUGUGUGUGUUAUUUUGAAGGAUAACGAUCGUGUGAAAAGAAGGAGAAUGGCAGCAACAGUGGCUACACCUGUCACCCCCACGGAGCACGAGCCGGACCGGUGUGGGAGUGAGGAGGAGAGCCGCGGGGCCGAGGUGGAGGAGGAGAGCACCCAGCAGCAGCCGACAGGCCCCGUGGCCGCCGUGACCCACGGCCGGUUAUCCAAACUCCCGCUGGCCCGCAUUAAGGCGCUCAUAAAGACCGACCCAGACGUGUCACUCGCCAGCCAGGAGUCUGUGUUCAUCAUCGCUAAAGCCACGGAGUUGUUUGUUGAGAUGAUUGCCAGAGAUUCCCUGGUGUACACCCAGCAAGGGAAGAGGAAAACUUUGCAAAGAAAAGACUUGGACAAUGCAAUAGAGGCCAUAGAUGAAUUUGCAUUUCUUGAAGGCACACUAGAUUAGACGCCGCUUCAAAAGACGAGAACAUUGAAUAUCUGCAACCAUCCAGGAAGCUUUCCGUCACAGGGACACAGUUCGUCGGCACUUUUCUAAGUCAAACUCAAAUUGGAUAUUUAUAAAUGCUUUUCUACAAUGUGCCAUUAGGAGUUUUUUAUACUUAACUUUGAAGACAUCACAUCAUGUGUACAUUUUUUGUAAAUAUUUGUGAAAUACUACUGUACAAUGGAAUAAAUGUAAGUUUUAAACAGCCGA